AUGACAAUUCUUUUUGUUUCGCUCAUAUCGAGAGAUAACCGACCCCUGUACAUCCAGCCGUUUGUGGCAGGCAGUGCAGCGGACGAGCGCACCGCCAACGAGCUGCUCAAGUACAACUUCCUGUCGCACAUGUCGCUGGACAUCUUUGAGUCGCCAUUUGCACAGCCGGCCCCAGACCCAAACACGAAAAAAACCUAUGUUCUGCUGUUUGUGCAGGACGGGGUGUACGUGUUUGGACACCAGACGAGCACGGGGCUGCGGAUCGUCGUGGGGGCUACACGCGCGGAAAACGAGCUGCCGGACGAGGGCCUGAACGGGGUUUUCGCCGACAUCCAGCGCGCAUACCUCAAGCUGGUGUGCAACCCGUUCAAGACCAUUGAGUCCGAAAACGAGGAGAUCGAGAAUCCGCGGUUCGACCGCCAGAUCAAGGAGGCCGUUGCCAGAUGGGAAAAUCGUUCAUUAUCUACUUAA